AUGGUUGUGAUGAAGAUGAAAUUUCCUUUUGAGAAAAGAGUAAAGCUGGCCCAGGGACUGUGGCUCCUCUCGUGGUGUGCCACUGUGGCUGGCGCAAUGACCUUCAGCCUUGGGUGCAUCCUCAAAACAGAGCUUCGCAGGAGAGGAGAGGUAAUGGACAACACCGACAUACACAUUGUACCAAACACCCUCAUGAUCGUGGGUCUGGCCUCUUUGGGAAUCAACUACUUUGCCGGAAAGAUUGGCCAAGAUGCUCUAGAUGCCGGCAGAUUUCCUCGCUGGAAGAAUUUCUUGAAGCCCUAUUUUGCAAUCUCCUGCUUCUUCACAGUCCUUAUGUUACUGACCGUUGUUAUGAACUACGCCAUGAAGGGCAGUCUGGAGUCCUCACUAAAGGUGGGCCUAAGAAACGGCAUUCGCUUUUACAAAGACACAGACACCCCGGGGCGAUGCUUUCAAAAACAGAAUAUCGAUCGACUACAGAUGGAGUUUCAGUGUUGUGGAAACAAUGACUUCAGGGACUGGUUCGAAGUGCAAUGGAUCAGCAACCGCUACCUGGAUUUCAGCUCAAAGGAAGUCAAAGACCGAAUCAAAAGCAAUGUGGAUGGCCGGUACUUGGUAGAUGGAGUCCCAUUCAGUUGCUGUAACCCCAGUUCUCCAAGGCCGUGCAUCCAGCACCAGCUAAUGAAUAAUUCUGCGCACUAUAACUACGACUAUGAGACCGAGGAACUCAACAUCUACAUUAGUGGCUGCAGAGAGGCGCUACUAGACUACUAUAUGAGCCUGAUGAAUACUAUUGGUACUGGUGUGUUUUCUGCAUUCCUCUUACAGGGCUCAGUGCUGGUGAGUUUGCGGUUCUUGCAGACUUCUAUGGAGGCAGUGGUAGGAAAGGAGAACACAGAGAUAGAGACAGAGGGGUACCUGCUGGAGAAGGGUGUAAAGGACACUGUCUUGGAGUACUUGGACCCAGUACUGAAGUUCUUUCUCCUUAAGAACCAGGUUCAAGAAGGAGCUGAGACAACAGGCCCUGAAAAUGCCUGAACAUACAAGAAACACACUAUAUUUUAUCUUUACGCAGAGAAACUGAUGAACAAGUGAUUACAUCCCAGCAGAUCAAUAAUACAAAUUCCGAAUGGCAUACCUUUCCCCUUACUUACAAAGGACACAUUCAGUGGAUUACACUUGAUUUAUUAUCUAGUGAAAAUUUACAAAAUAUCCUGUAUAUUUUUUAUCUUUUCUUAAUCAAAUAAAUGUAAAUAAUAGCCUACUAUGUUAUAUUUUUCUUGCUGUAAUAUUACCAAAUUA